AGAAACGGGGUUUUCAUUGGAGUGGGUCUUUAAAGCACAUAUGGUGGCUUAGUUUCGGCACUGCAUCACAGUUAUGUAACCUCCUGGGUAUCAGUUUGAGCGCAGGAGUUGUGGUGGAUCUCUGGUCCACUUCCAUCCCCUGUGGAGACGGAUGAGGACGCGCUGCAGACCCACGCAGGCUCGCGUGGAUCCCGCUCUGCACCGUGGACCACAGACCACGUGAGGGGAAUGUUCAGCGACGUCGGAUCGGCUCAUCUCCGCUGGCACUCCUCCGCCGCCGCUGACAUGUGGACACUCCGCUCCACGGACGCGCAGACAUGACCGCACUUUUUCUGAAUGUAAUCGUCACUCUUUUCUAGUUUUUCUUCUUCUUUUAUUUCUUUCUUCUCCAAGUCGAACCCUCGUGGGGGGAGGAUGGCUUGGCCGUGCAUCAGCAGAGUUUGCUGCCUGGCUCGCUUCUGGAACCAGUUCGACAAAUCGGACCUCUCCGUCCCGCUUACUAUCCAGAACUACUCGGACAUCAGCGAUCAGGAGGUUCGGUCCGUCACCAAACAGGUUUCUGACGCGGAGCGCCCGCCGCCCAGGGGCUCUCCUCCGGCGCGCGCGGACGCUGCGGGGACCCGGGGGUCCUUCAGGGCGCGGAGGGAGCCCAGCUACAAACCCCGGGAGGACUACCACCGGCCGGGAGUGCCUUUCCCCAGCACCACUCAGUACAAACAGGAUUUCAAACCCUGGCCCAUCCCCAAAAAGGAGAACUUCCCCUGGAUCAGUAAUGGGGGCAGCAGGGUGGACAGUGGUUCGGACAGCCCGGGGAGGGGGCAGGAGACCAAAACCAGCUCCUACAGGCAGGAGUACCGACCAUGGACGGGGGUAAAACCAGCCAAAAGUGCAAAGAGAAAUCCCCCCGCUCAGUACUAUAGCCCAGGGAUGGAGCCCACCCCACGAGAGACCAGCUACCAGGCUGCCUACAGCGGGGAGAGCAGCAGGCCUGUGGGGGAGUCCGGUUUCCCACCUGCACAGCCUCAUCCUGCCCCCCAACACACUGCCCCACAUGUCUGCAGCUCACCGAACCCCUCCAGCCUCCAGCCCGACUCCAGAGGAGCAGCCAAAGCCGAGGAGCAUCUGGUGAGGACCAAACUCCCCCCGAACCCGUCUGCUGUGUUUCAAAGUGGAUCGAGGGUCUUCAACAUCUGACAGCUGGAAAACAACCCCCCCACACCCAUCACCCCCCCAUUCCAUUUCAGUCACUUUCAAUUUUAGGGAAACGACAGGAGAACGUUCACCAGGUCUGCAACACAAGGAUCUAUGCAAGGGAAUGUGUUGUGAAGCGCGUGGAUCUGCAGCUGUGUCCCAAGUUAAGAUAGACCCCCCCCUUCCCAUUUUAUGUUGCUAUGGAAACAGAUAUGCAUGUAACUUAGUAAGUACGAAACAAGCAAUUUUUUAAAAUAUUUUUUUCCUACAGCUGUAAACGCACAAAAAAGUGGGCUGUUGCGUGUUUGUGUGCCUGCUUGUUUUUCCCUUUAUUGUUCUUGUGUAAUGCAGCGAGGAGCGAGCAGGACGUGUUCCAUUCUGCAAUAACUAUGACCUUCAUGUUAGUGGAUGCUCGCUUGAGAAUAAGUUAUUAUAGGAUUUAGUUACAUUACCAUUUUGGGAAACUGUAGUUUGAUCUUUUUGUACAUGUGGAUGUUGGAGGAAAAGAGAACAUAUUGAUGUGACUUGAAUGACAAUAAAAUAUUCUCUAGUUUCUAGCAUUUUC